AAGAGUGAAAAUGGAAACAAGAAAAAACGGACAGAAGCAGUUUGUUACUUCAUAUGGCCCCCCUGCAAGAUAUAAAUAGUGUUCGAACUUCUUUGGACUCGCGAUUCCGGCUGGCAAAACAGUCGCAGCCACUUGCAAUUUGACACACUCUCUUCCCCGACAUAAAGCUAACAAAAAGGAAAAAACACACACGGAUACCAUCAUAGCCAAACGGAACUAGCUCUCUACUUAGGGUUUCUUCUUGAUUAUCUGACAACAAUUUGAUUAUACACUGCCUAAUCAAAUGGCGUGUGUAUACAUUCCGGUGCAGAACUCGGAGGAGGAGGUGAGAGUGUCUCUGGAUCAGCUCCCAAGAGAUGCCUCUGAUAUCCUCGACAUCCUCAAGGCCGAGCAAGCCCCUCUUGAUCUCUGGCUCAUCAUUGCGAGGGAGUACUUCAAACAGGGCAAAAUUGAUCAGUUCCGCCAAAUUUUGGAAGAAGGAUCCGGUCAUGAGAUUGAUGAAUAUUAUGCUGAUGUUAGAUAUGAAAGGAUAGCUAUCUUGAAUGCUUUAGGGGCCUAUUACAGCUACCUUGGAAAAAUUGAGACAAAACAACGAGAAAAGGAGGAGCAUUUCAUUGCUGCCACACAAUACUACAACAGAGCAUCAAGAAUUGACAUGCAUGAGCCUUCUACUUGGGUUGGGAAAGGUCAACUUUUACUGGCGAAGGGUGAAAUAGAGCAGGCAUUUGCUGCAUUUAAAAUUGUGUUGGAAGGAGAUCGUGAUAACGUUCCUGCUCUUNNNNUGCAGGCAUGUGUUGAGUUUAAUCGUGGACGCUACUCUGAUUCUUUGCAGUUGUAUAAGAGGGCUCUGCAAGUCUAUCCUGAUUGUCCAGGGGCUGUACGACUUGGUAUUGGUUUGUGUCGAUAUAAAAUGGGUCAAUUUGAAAAGGCUCGCCAAGCAUUCCAGCGGGUUUUGCAGUUAAAUCCGGAUAACGUCGAAGCUCUUGUAGCACUUGGAAUUAUGGAUUUGCAAGUAAAUGAAACUUUUGGCAUGAGGAAAGGAAUGGAAAAAAUGAAGAAAGCUUUUGAGAUAUACCCCUACUGUGCAAUGGCGCUUAAUUAUUUAGCAAACCACUUCUUCUUCACUGGUCAGCAUUUUCUUGUUGAGCAGCUGACUGAAACAGCUCUUGCUGUGAGCAAUCAUGGACCAACAAAGUCACAUUCUUUCUACAAUCUAGCACGAUCUUACCAUAGCAAGGGGGACUAUGAAAAAGCUGGCAUGUACUAUAUGGCAUCCAUCAAAGAAAUCAAUAAUAAGCCUUGGGAAUUUGCAUUUCCUUAUUAUGGUCUGGGACAAGUUCAACUGAAGUUGGGAGAAUUUAGAGGUGCUCUUUCGAAUUUUGAAAAAGUUUUGGAAGUUCAUCCUGACAACAGUGAGACAUUGAAAUCUCUUGGGCACAUAUAUGCUCAACUUGGACAGACUGAGAAGGCCCUAGAAUACGUAAAUAUGCCAUCUAUUAUCCAGGCAUUUCUUGAUCUUGGUGAAGUGUUGAUUUCAUCUGAUACUGGUGCUGCUCUUGAUGCCUUCAAAACUGCACGUAGUCUUAUGAAAAAGGCAGGUCAAGAUGUACCUAUCGAAGUGCUCAACAACAUUGGAGUUCUACACUUUGAGAAGGAAGAGUUUGAGCUUGCUCUGCAAGUUUUCAAGGAGGCUCUAGGUGAUGGGAUAUGGCUUUUUUUACUUGAUGAAAGUGGAAAGUCUUUUGAAGCUGGGUCAUCGAUUCUAGAAUAUAAGGACAUGCGAUUAUUUCAUCGUCUUGAAGAAGAUGGUCUUCCUGUGCAGCUACCUUGGAAUAAGGUUACAGUUUUGUUUAACCUAGCAAGACUACUUGAGCAGAUGCAUAAUGGAAACACAGCAAGCUUAUUGUACCGACUAAUAUUAUUUAAGUAUCCAGACUACAUAGAUGCAUAUCUGAGACUUGCUGCGAUUGCAAAAGCUCGAAAUAACGUUCAACUGAGUAUUGAGCUGGUUCAUGAGGCUUUGAAGCUGGAUGAUAAGUACCCAAAUGCGUUGUCUAUGCUUGGUGACUUGGAGCUGAAAAAUGAUGAUUGGGUUAAGGCAAAAGAAACAUUCCGUGCUGCAAGUGAUGCGACUGAGGGGAAGGAUUCUUAUUCUACUCUGUCUCUGGUAUUUAUUCUUUAUCAUGGUUGUUUUUUUUUUUAAAUUAUUUUUUAUAAAAAAUGAAAGAGUGAAUUAUAGGGAUAGUUAAGAUAGGGGUAUAACUAUAACCAAGUCUAUUAUGUUUAAAAAAUAACAAUUUAGUUUAAUCAUCAUCUCACUGUUACAGAAUUAUGUAAAGGCUAAUACUUUCAUUUCCGGUGAUCCUCUUACACUAUUUUUUUGUAGACACCCAGUUCUUUUUAUAUUCUGACCACUGUUUCUUUUUUGCCGCUUGAGUUAGGGGUAGCAAUUCGUGCCAUUC